AGAAAGUCUCUCUUUGUCUCAUUUUGUUGCUACAAAAAAAGCAAAACACAUUUUCAAAACAAAACAAGCAAUGACAAACUCAUUUCCUCAUAACUAUGACGUUCCUGUUGGAUUCAGAUUCCGACCAACAGAUGAAGAGCUUGUAAACCACUAUCUCAAAAAAAAGUUACUUGGUAAUGAUUCCAUUGUCAACAAUGUUAUAGCUGAAGUUGAUGUAUGCAAGUUCGAACCUUGGGAUUUACCAGCUUGUUCUUUGAUAAAAUCCAAUGAUCCCGAAUGGUUUUUCUUUUGUCCUCGCGAUUACAAAUACGCAAAUAGUAAAAGGUUUAACAGAAGGACACAGUGUGGAUACUGGAAAGCCACUGGUCUUGACCGUAAGAUUAAGGUUAGAGGCACUGACAAUGUUAUUGGGAUAAAAAAAACACUUGUGUUCUAUAAUGGUUGUGUUCCUGGUGUUAAAAGCAACUGGGUGAUUCAUGAAUAUCAUUCUGCCACCUUUCAUGAUAACCAGAGGACUUUUGUUUUGUGUCGCUUGAUGAAGAAAGCUGAGAAAAAAGCUGAAGAGGAAAUUGAUAGAAUGAUAUGUGAUGAAGGGGAGCCUAGUCGACACAUGAGUUCCGAUCACGAAAAUCAAGAAACAGUUGAAGGAAUUCCUGAUGUAAUAAGUGGUACCUUGCUUGAAAAGAAUAUGGAACCAAUGUUUCAGGAACCUCAUCAGGCCGAAAAUUACUUUCCUUUCUCAACAUACCAGCCUUCAAUCUCUGAAAAUGAGAACGAAGUAUCUUUAUCGAACUCAGGAUUUUAUGAUUCUGAAAGUGGUCACAUCGAUAUGCAGAGUCCGUUUGAAACUAUUGAAGAGGAAAAUCAGUUCAUUAAUUCGAUGUUAAAUGACGGAUAUUUUGUUAAUAGCGAAAAAAUAAGACACACUUUUGUCAACUUUCCUGUCCAGUCCAAGUCGUUGAGAAUGAUCGACUAUGGAAGCAGUGACACAGAUGCUGAAUUAGUCUCUAAGCCGUGUCGCAAUGUUCUGGAUACUUCAACGGCGUUUCUUGAGCAUCCUAGCUCAAGCGAAUACUAUGCAUCAUUUCGAAAUGAUUUCGGGGGAUUGGAGGCAUCCUCUUGUGACUCAUCUGCAGAUAAACCUCUAGAGAUGAUCAAUUGUUUUGAAAUUUCUAGUGCACCUUCCACUCUAAGAAGAAACAAAAACCAGUAUCAUCCAAGACCAGCCACCUUCAUGUCAAAAAGAGCUGCUUCAAGAAUAUCUCAAACAUAGAACAUGGUUUGAACUUUGAACCAAUGCAAUGUCCAAUGUUGAAGUAAGAAAACCAGCUGAACUAAGAAUGGAUAAGCCUUAGUUGAUCAAAUGAUUCAUUUGAAGCAAAUUUAAUUUUAACAUAUUAGACAAAGAAAUAUUAGCUUAGUGGUAAGAGUUUGAUUUUUUAACUAGACAUGGUUCAAAUUCCUUUAGAGACAAUUGUAAAAUGGUCAUUACAUGCUUAAUGUGAUGCAUUGUACAGACUGAGAAGGAAUUUGUCCUUCCAUCUCAUCACUUUAGUUUUCUGUAAAGACAAAUGUGAUGGCAUUCAAAUCUUUGAUUGUCACAAUGUGAACAUUAAAGGUAAAUAAAUUUUAUUUUGUUAGAUGAAAUUAGAACAAUUCUAUCAAGAUGAAGUUUCUUUCAUUGUAA